AUGCCUUCAAUCCCUCAGUUCUCCGUCCCCAAUCAUCCCAAGACCGCAUUGUCCCUGAACGCAUCUCUACUACCUGAAUCGAGCACUAUCUUCACCAACUGCCGCCUUUGCAUUGGCGGCGUACUCACCGCUAGCAAGUCCGCGUUCAUCGUCUCCGAUGGCAAGCUGGACGAGGUCUUAUACCCAGACGAGGGAGUCAUCGUCGGGGGACCCAACAUCAUAAACCUGAACAAUGCAGUCGUUGCGCCUGGCUUCCUCGAACUACAGACCAAUGGCGCGCGAGGCUUCCACUUCACCCACUUCGAAGACAAAGAGGGUUACGCAGCCGAGAUUGAAAAGGUUUCGACAUAUCUUCCCAGAACUGGUGUGACAGGCUUCUAUGCCACGAUCCCAACAAUUGCAAGUGAAGAGUUCAAAAGAGUUCUACCUGCUCUCGCUCCUAGAGAUAUCGACAACGGCGCCAGCCUUCUAGGCGCACACGCAGAAGGGCCAUACCUCCAUCCCAGCAAGAAAGGCGCCCACAACAGCUCCCUCUUCCACCAACCGUCAACCUCGCCCUUGGACGUAUACGGCGAUAUCGCUACCGACAACUCUACGCUCAAACUCGUGACAGUCGCUCCUGAGCUGGAACAUGCCAGCGCUUUGAUAUGCGAUCUUGUAUCCAGAAACAUCCGCGUCUCGCUCGGCCAUUCGAAUGCAUCCUACGCCGACGGCCUCACCGCCCUCGAAGCCGGCGCCACCUGUCUAACCCACACCCUGAACGCCAUGGCCCCUCUCCACCACCGUGACCCCGGACUCGCAGGGCUUGUCACAGCGGCACCAUCCACGACUCUGGCCAGCCCGUGGUUCUCCAUCAUACCCGAUGGCAAUCAUCUGCAUCCAUCCGUUGCAACGAUGCUGUUCCGCUCCAACCCCGAGAAAUGCGUAUUCAUCACGGACAGCAUCGAGCUAGCAGGGCUGGAAGACGGCACGUACCCUGGCCAUUCGCAGAUUCCGUUCAACCAAACAAAGAAGGGAAGUCGAGUGGUCAUCGAAGGUACCGAGACGCUCAUCGGUGGGUGCGCGAGUUUGAGCGAGUGCGUUCAGAAUAUGAUGAAGUGGAGUGGCUGCAGGAUCGCUGAAGCGGUGCAGUGCGUGACAGAGAAUGUGGUUGAACUCAUGGGUGAUGAGGAAAGAGGAAAGCUGGAAGCUGGUAGGCGGGCUGAUUUCGUGGUGCUGGAUGAGGAUGGUAAUGUAGCGGAGACUUGGGUGGGUGGAAUGAGAGUCUGGAGGGUUGGUUGA